AUGUCCAAGAUGAGCUACCAAACCACUCAACUUCAACAGCGCAAACCGGUUGUAAUCGGCCUCUAUGGCGUCCCGGGCUCCGGAAAAACAUAUCUUCUUCAGAAUCUCAGGAAAGAGCUUGACACAGACUCCUUUGCUUUUUACGAAGGCUCUCAAGUGAUUGACAGAGUCGCCCCAGGAGGUCUUGAUGCUUUCAAGCUCAUGAUCGACAGCCAGAAGGAAUACUGGCGUAGGAAAGCCAUCAUCAAGAUCCAGGAUGAAUGCAUUCUGAACGGGAAGGCGGCCAUCGUGACAGGUCACUAUAUGUUCUGGGAGGAAGAUGAUACCCUUGGAAAACCUGUCAUCACUGUUGCUGAUCUGAGUGUCUACACACAUAUCGUCUACCUUGAUAUUCCGGCAAACAUUGUUCUUCAGCGUCGUUUGGAGGACCGCACACGAGAUCGGUCCAGAGUGUCGGCAUCGCAUAUGGAGCGCUGGCAACGUAGGGAGAAGAUGGAGUUGGAAGCCUCUUGUCUCGAACAUGGCAUCCUGUUUGCACUGUGGACAAGCAGAACCGAUUUGGCCGGUCUUAUUCGUCACCUGAUUAGCCACAACGAAAGUUACAACCUGCAGGUUGCGAAGGAGUUCUUGGACAAUGCUCUUGUAAAGGUGACUGGCUCUGGGGACCUGGAAAAGGCACUGUUUCUGGACGCCGAUCGAACUUUGACAGCUGAGGACACCGGCACUAUUUGGUGGAAACAACACAAUCCAUUGAUCGAACCCCUGAGUAUGGAUUGUCCACUGCGUCAAUUGUUUGGGUCCAAAUGGGGGUAUUCCUAUGCGGCUUUCUGGCAGGCCACUUUGAUGUACGAAGGAGCGGCUAGCGAUGAGUACUUCGAAAGGAUUUGCCAAGAUACGGCAAAUGAGGUGAGGAUGUAUCCUCAGGUAUUAGCGUUGCUGCAUUUGGCUUCAACUCAUACCCACAUCCAUGCAUUUAUUGUGACCUCUGGACUGCGUCUCGUCUGGGAGAAGAUCAUCGCUCGCGAAGGCCUGUCCAACUCCAUCACAGUCAUCGGAGGAGGCAGGAUCGCUGAUGGCUUUGUUGUGACACCUGAAGUCAAGGCCAGUCUGGUGGAAAGUCUGCAAAAUAACUACAAGAUGGAAGUUUGGGCCUUCGGCGACAGCCCUUUGGACAUACCCAUGUUGAAGAAAGCAGAUCGCGCGAUGGUAAUUGUCGGUGAUGCGACGACCAGAAGCCGCAGCAUGGAAAACGAGCUGGGAAAGGCCAUAAGAGAUGACUUGUUAUCCGCGCAUCAAGUUCUGCUUCCCAGCUCUGUCCCACCGCGCCUAGAUACUACCAUCCUUCCGACCUUGGACCUGAUGGAGCCCAAGUUCAUCAACUCUCUUUUGAGUCAUCGAAAUCCCCCCAAUGCCCUCAGUAUCCUCGAUGCAAGUCAGAAGGCGGCUUCGAAGGUUCUGCAGACACCAAUGCGAGACGCAUCGAUUCUUGGCCCGGAUCUUCGGAAAGCCCAUCGCCGGUGCGGACGAUAUCUGGCAGCUGAAUACCUCUGCGAAUUGAUCGGCGUAGAGACCUACGAGAUGCGCCACGUGCAGGGCCACAAGAUAAAUGGUUUUCGACUCAAGGAGGAAAGGAAAACCUUGAUUGUGGCUUUGAUGCGCAGCGGAGAGCCAAUGGCCUUCGGCGUCAACGAUAUUUUCCCGACAGCUUCAUUCCUGCAUGCCGACAAGGCGCAAGAUCUCACAGCCGAGCGCCUCCAAAGAAGCUCGACAGUGAUAUUGGUCGACUCAGUAAUCAACAGCGGCAAGUCAAUUUUUGAGUUUGUGUGUCAUAUUCGCCGACUGGCCCCUGUCAUUCCCAUCGUCGUUGUUGCUGGGGUUGUACAGAAGCAGGCCAUCGCAGGGGACAGUCCCAUAGCGACUCUUGCGGUUCAUGGAAAGCUCACGGUUGUGGCGUUGAGGGUGUCGGAGAACAAAUACACUGGGAAGGGAGGAACUGAUACUGGGAACUGUCUGUUCAAUACAGUCCAUUUAGACUAA